AUGAGUUCAGGGGCAGUGUCGUGGUCUUCAAGGAAGCAGCCAAUAGUGACUUUAUCCACCACUGAAGCUGAGUUUAUUGCAGCAGCCUAUUGUGCUUGUGAAGCAGUAUGGCUAAGAAGAAUUCUGGAAAAGCUAAGUCAUAUUCAAACACUUAAGCUGUCAAAAAAUCCAGUGAUGCAUGGGUGCAGCAAACACAUAGACGUUCACUUUCAUUUUCUCCUUGAGCUCACCAAAGCAGGCAAUGUAGAGAUGGUUCAUUGUGGUAAACAAGAUCAAGUAGCAGAUGUGAUGACUAAGCUAUUAAAACUAGAUGCAUUUUUGAAGCUGUGUGGAUUGUUGGGAGUAUGUCCAGAACCAUAUAUAAACUAA